CCAAGCUUCCUGCUGCAGCUCAGGCAGCCUCUUUUGGGGUGGGGGCUGGGGGCCAGGCUAAAAGUCUCUGUCUGCUGAAGAUUCCAGGGCUCCAGAAACUAAAUGACCAGUGCCUGCAGUGGACAUGGGAAAGAAGCUGGUGAUGGCCCAGAAGCGGGGAGAGACUCGAGCCCUUUGCCUGGGUGUGGCCAUGGUGGUGUGUGCGGUCAUCGCCUACUAUAUCCUGGGCACGACCGUGCUGCCCCUCUACCAGAAAAGUGUGUGGACCCAGAAAUCCACGUGCCAUCUGAUUGAGACCAGCAUCAGGGAGCAGGAGGAGCUAGAGGGCAAGAAGGUGCCCCAAUAUCCGUGCCUGUGGGUCAACGUGUCAGCUGUGGGCCGGUGGGCUGUGCUGUACCACACAGAGGACACUCGGGAUCAGAACCAGCAGUGCUCCUACAUCCCAGGCAGCCUGGAGAACUACCAAGCGGCCCGGGCCGAUGUGGAGAAGGUCAGGGCCACAUUCCACGAGAAACAGAUUUUCUACUGCUUCUCAACCACUCGGGAGAACGAGACCACUGUCCUGUAUCAGCGCCUCUAUGGGCCCCGGACCCUGCUCUUUUCUCUCUUCUGGCCUACCUUCCUGCUGACUGGAGGUCUCCUCAUUAUCGCCAUGGUGAAGAUCAACCAGUCCCUCUCCAUCCUGGCGGCUCAGAAGUAGGCCUCUCCGUGUCCCAGAGCUGCCUCUGCUGCUAGAGACUGGGUGGGCCCCCAGGCUGCUCCCUACUUGGGUACCCCUGCCCCUCCCCCUGCCUUCUCACUGUUUCGCUCCAUCCCAUCUCUGCUAUCUGGAUGGGCUUUGGGGAGUCCCUUUGUCAUGUCAUUCCUGAUUAAGAAUGUACACCACUUCUUAGUGCUUCAGAGAGCUCAAGGCCAGCAGGUAACAUUGUCCUAUUACCUGUCCCCGCUCAGCUGACUGAAACCCACUUCCUGCCACACCACCCACCAGCCCACAGAUGCCAAUGACACUCGUCUCCACGCCUGUGUUCUCUGGUUGGCUCAAAGGCCUACUUUUGACAUCCACGGCAGACCUCACUCUCUUCUUUGAAUUCCAUCAUGAAAACCACAGCAGCUCCCAUGUAUAGAGAACAUUUAGAAUUGGAUUGUAGGAUGCUAGGUGCUAUGUAUGUUUUUAUUCCAAUAUUAUUAACAAAUAUAGGUACGAACUUCCAUUUGUAAAAUACGUAAGUCCUGGGUGACUAUAGUUCACCAUACUGUACUGUAUACUUGAACGUGGCUGAGAAAGUAAAUCCUAAAAGUUC